CAAAGCAAACAGUUAGACUGUCAGAGCUUCCACGAAGCAAGCUGCCACUAGCCUUUUAUAUAUGAGCAGCAAGUACCAAGAGGCAAUCAUCACUUACUCAUCCUCAUCGGGUUACAAAAUCGUCUCAACGACUGCCCAACCGCGCGCGCACCAACCUCCCCGCGAGAAGAAAGGCUCCACUGCUAGAUCUCUCGAUCGAUCUCCCCUCGGCUGCUCGGUUCUUGAUUCUUGCAGUACGAUGAGGAAGAAGGGCGACGGCAACAAGCUGGGGCGGUGGCUGGGCGCGCCGGUGCGCGCGCUGUCGCGGGCGUGCGACUCGUACGUGCGCAGGAUGUCGGCGUGCGCGGGGCGGAUGCCGACGCACGCGGGGACAUACGGCGGGCGAGGCGGGUUCGCGCCGGGGAGCUUGCAGGCCGCGACGUUCAGCUCCCGCUCGAGGCGCGGCGGGCCCGGCGGCGGCGACGAGGACGUGAACGAGCUCGUGCGCGCCAUGUCCCAGCGCCAGGCGUCCGCCCGCGGCGGGGAGGGCGUGGCCGUCGUCGUCCCGGUCCGGAGCCGGAGCCUGGCGGUCGGGCGGAUCGACGAGGACGCGCCGUGCGAGUUCGGCGCCGAUGACGACGUGCGCGUCGGCGGCCCCGCGCGCCGCCCGGCCGUGCGCAGGAACCGCAGCGUCGCGGUGGGCGGCGCUGGCGUGUUCGGCGCCGCGAAGAGCGCCGUGCACGGCUGAUCGAUCGUGUUCGAUCCAUCGGCGCGUGCGCGUGCAACGGCUGUAACUCCCGUCUUACGUGUGCACAACCUCAUAGAGCACGUCUGCGUGUGCACGUACGUAGUCGUAGCUUAAUCAGCUUGGUGUGUUUGAUCACUCGCAUCUGUGAGUAAGUACAACAUUUACGUUUGUUUUCCUGUGUGAUGUGUACAUUUUGUCGUAGCGAUUAGGAUUUGUCACGACAUGGAGGUGGCCAUGUUAGCCAGGAUUCCCCCAUGCCAUGCAUGUGAAUAUGUGAUGGUUGGUAUACAAUACACUACUACUAUUU